ACGUGGGUUUGUCUUCCUUCGGGUGGAGUUAGUGGAACCGACAAAGAUGUCUCCCUCACAGCGUUUGUGACAAAAGAAUUACAUCGUUCCUUGGCGGCCUUUCAACAGAAGAAUAUUCAGAGAUUUCAAGAGUGUUUUUAUUCUGUCUGAACAUGGACGCUAGCAAUGUUGCAGAAUCUACAAACUGUCUUCCUAACGAAAAUGCUCCAAAUAAAAGCAGUGAUCUCUCUACUUCUGUGGAUAUGAAUAUUUCACUUGAUGCAUCAGAGUCCUGUUCAGAAAAGGAACAGAGCUCUAUUACUGACGAAGCAGGUUCCCUUAAGACACCGCCUGUCAAUGAGCAAGUCACAGUAAAGUUGAAUACUGACGGAGGCAAUGAGGUAUGGAUUAAACCAAAAAGUUUCAGUGAAGGAAAUGGUGAAAGAAGAGAGUUGGGGGCAUUUUAUAAUGACUCCCCUUCAGCGGAAGGACACACUGGACCUUCAGUGUACAGACUGAAUGAUCCUUGCAGAGCAGAUGAUGAAGGGAGCACUAUGGACUAUUUGUUACAGUCGGUGGAGUCUACGUGCAACAAAGAUACAGUCCAUAUGAAAGAGGACACUGAGAAUAACAUUGCCUUAGAUUCUUCUCAUGACCAACCUGAGCAUGUGAACGCAGUAGCAAAAACAGAAGUCACAGAAUCAGCACGCCAAACUGGCACACCUGUGGAUGUUGUGGCACAAGAAGGAAAUUCAGGAACAGAGCCAAACGUGGAAGAGGUUGAUCUUAAGACAGAUAACUGCCCACAGCCACUCUCCGACGAUCAAGGUGGUAAAACACCAGCGCCAGAGGAGGAAGAGAUAGAGGUGAUAUGUGAUGUAAAGACUGUGGAGGAUCCCGAGGGCACGAAAAUAACCAGAAAGGGUGAUGCACAAAGCAGUGAGUCAGAGGGCAAAGAAAGUGACACUUGUGAGACUUCACCAAAAAUAACUCCCAGUGUGGUAACUUCACCAGAAACUGUUAAAGCAUCAGAGCCGACAGUAAGUCCAGAGCAGCGAGACUCCAUGCCGCAGAACAGUGUGAGCGGUGAGGCCUGCAGCAGCGCAUGGGCUGUAAGCCGCAGAACUGCAUGGGGAAGAGCUCCACAAUAG